CCAUUAUGUGCAAGCCAAUUGGAUUUUCACUGCCACCCUCUCCAGAUGCAUGCGCGUCAGGGCUACCAAACCGAUGGCGUCACAUCGGAGGCAUCGGCCUGGGUGCUGAGAUCAACGUGCCGAUCCACACGCUGAUGUAAAUUCUGAAUUCUACCCGCGAACCUUACCAACGCAUCUUGGAAUUAUGUUUGUCCAGAACCCAACGGGCACACGAUGCCUGGGAUCGAGACCACAUUGCCGAAAAUGCAUGUGUCCCGGCUUGGACAUUAGUCCUCCUCCCAAGUAAAGACCACAUGAGUAAACCUGGAGAACACAUGUCUCAGGGACGCAUUGCGCUGCUCGACUCUCGUGAAUGUGAGAUGUCAGCGCGUCGCGUUGAGGCCUGGCGGGCCAGGACAGGCAGAGCGACACGCUACACGAAAGUUCCUGACCGUGGCACAUCGUGGCCCGAAGCAAGUGCGCGGGCGGCGACGGGUCUCAGGAACCGUUUCGACAAAAAACACACGUCCGAGCGAUGCCAAGAAGCCGCCACGCCGAGGGGUGCCCUCCUUCUUUGCCCCCUCUGCGCCCGCGGCCGACACCGCACACAGCAACACCUGCGGGGAAGGCGGCGCCAGCGCCCGCGCGAGCAGGAGGAGGAGGAGGAGGAGGAGGGCGGAGCCGGCGCCCGCGCUCCGGGCGCGGGCGACGCCGCCGGGGUCGACGUCCGGACCGCGCGGCCGCUGGCCUCCGCCGCUGAAGCCUCGCCGGUCCCUGGGCCGACGCCAAGCGCGGCCCCGCUCCUCGGGGCCGGGGCGGCGGCGGGCGCCAGGCGGCCGCGCGCGACGAGAGCCCCAGCGGCUCCUCCAGCGCUCCUCCUGCUGGCUCGCCGCGAGGUGCGGAACGGCGCCAGGCUUAGGUCGGGCAUGUUCUCCUGCAGGCAGGCUUUGGGGCCAAAGUUCAAAAUAAGCAAAAGAUGCACAAACAUCACCUAGCAUAGUUGAAGAAAUGUCCCCAGACUAUUUUUUAGUACCUGUACGACCACC